AUGUAUUCUUUAAAUAAUUUAAUUUAUUUUUUAUUAAUAAAAAAACUUAUAAAAUCAGGAAAUCAACAUAAAUCUAUUUCUUUAAAGAAAAAUUUAUUAUUAUUAAUUAAUGAUAAGGUUUUAUUAUAUGCUAUAUUAAAAUUAAUAGUACCUAUUACUUUUAAAAUUAAAAAAAUAGGAUAUAUUAAAUAUCAGAUUCCUACUUUAACACAUUAUUAUAAAUCUAUUAAUUUGGCAUUAAUAUGGCUUAUUAAAGCAGCUAAAAUAAAAAGUUUUAAUAAAAUGCCUUUUAUAAAAGCAUUAUAUUUAGAAUGUUAUGAUGUACUUAAAAAACAAGGAAUUGCAUAUAAUUAUAAACAANCAAUAUAUUAA